UUUGGCGAGGAAGUCUCUGGAGAGGUAGUAGUAGAGCAGCAGUAGCGGUAAUUCCCUCCACCCCUGAGGGCGAUGAGCGGGUCGGGAUUAGGGUUAGGGUUUGGGAUUCGGCGAUAGCUCCCCCGAGAAUCGUGGUUUUGGGGCUCCUGCUUCUUCCCCCAAGCUGGUUCCGUGGGCGAUUGAGCUGCUGCGGAGUUCGGCGGUAGAUCGAGAGGCGUUGGUUUGGAGCAAAUAUGAGAUCAGAUCCAACGAGGCUGUGUAGUUUCGGCCCAGGAUAAAGUAGGACGAUGCCAGAUUGGAAGGAUUGUGAGCUUGAAGAUAAUAUUUGGGAUGAGUUUGCUCGGAAUGGCAACUCUACGGUGCCUUAUCAAUGCGGUGAACAGCUGAAUGAAUCACAGGCUAAAAUCGAUACUAAUAACAAGUCACAGAAUGAAGUAAAUGUUGAAACGAGCACUGCAAAUAUUACUUCAGAAACAAAAGAUGGGAAUACCUUUUCCUUUAAAGAUGGCAGCAACAACUGUGCAUUCUCAAUUAGUGAUGCUUCUCCAUCUGGUAGUAAUCUUAAUCUUCCAGAUACAGAGAAUGAUCUUCUUUAUUAUGACUGGCCUGCCAUUGACAAUUUCGAGGAUGUUGACAGAAUGUUCAGAAACUGUGAUUCCACCUACGGGCAACAUCAAACAGACAAUACAGAUGGUCUGUCAUGGUUUCCCCCCUCAUCAAAUAUUGUUUACGGGCCAGAGGUUGCUCUCCAGCCAGGCUUAUCAUCCUCAUGCUCAGAAUUGGAUCUACUAAAUGAUUCAGACUCCAAUCUUUUAUCUAAAAUUGCUCCGGUAGCUGCUAGUGCCAAUUAUCAAUUCAAUGUAGAUUGGGUGGAUGCCGUUGCAGAAGACAAUGGUAAAUGUGUACUCAAAGAGCAGUGUAUACAAGCAUAUGAAGGAGGUGAGGUUGAGCAAUCUACUUUCAGCCAGAUUCAGAAUACAAGUAGCUCAAGUGGGUGUGAAAACCUUGAUAGGAUUGGAAGCCAAUAUUCGUCAACAGAAAACAAAAUGCAACAGCUUGUGAACCAGAAGCUUUCUGCAGCUUCAGCUUGUAAACCACAUGCUGCGCAAAAUGUUUCGAAGCAAAAGCAGCCAUUAGAUAAUGCAUCCUCAAGUUACAUGGACUCAAUGAGUCCCUAUUCAGAGUUUGACUACAGCUUUCCUCUGCUUGAAGUCCCGUUCCCACAGAUAGCAUCGAUUGGUGGAUUCAAAGAAUGUGAAGCCAAUCCUUCCUUUUCGAAAGCUGUAUGUUAUGUUACAAGUGAUGAAGCUAAUCCUUGUACAAAGUUUUCAAGGAAGGAAGCGUCGAAGUUGCAAAAUAGGCAUUUGAUGCAUGAAACUGUGAUGGGUGAUCACCCGAAUCAAGAGGCAUCUACAGUAAAAGGUUUUCUUGGUGGGAAACCCCAUAAAUCUCAGUGUGAUAUCGAUCGUGGUGAACAUGAAAAAAGGAGGACGGAAGUUUCUCAAGUUGGAAUAGAUCCUUUACACUUACUGGAUAGCUCAAUUGUCACAUCCAUAUCUGCUGAUGAUAUCUCUUUAGAAGAGACAAGCUUAAAACAGCUUCAGGAUGUUAUGAAUCAGUUGGAUGUGAAAACAAAGCUGUGCUUAAGAGAUGGUUUAUACCGACUGGCAAGAAGUGCAAAACAAAGGAACUAUUUUUCUAGUCCAAGUGACUGCAAUGGAGAGAGCGGAGACACAAGAAGAGCUCAAAACACUGAAGCAUCUGAUAAGUCUGUGGAUAUAUCUGUUGCUGAGACAGAAACAAAUCCCAUAGAUCGGUCGAUAGCGCAUCUUCUUUUCCACUGCCCUUCAGGCCCUCGUACAAGAACUGUUGAAGAUGCCACAUCGCUCGAGUCUCAUAUUACUAAUGAACAGAGCCAAGUUCCUACCAACAACCAAGAUGCUGUUCCCAAUCCAGUAUUUUCUCGGAAACAAUUUGGUAGUAGUCGCAAUGCAUAAAUGCUCACCCCAAAAAAUAAAAAAAAGGAAGAGGAAGGAGGACGGAAAGUAAAAAAAUGAUUCUGUAUGAGAGUAACUACAAAUUAGAACUACUUCCCUUAUCAAAGUAUGAUGCCUAUUUGUGAGACUUGAGAUGGGGCAUCCAAUUGCCUGUAUAAUACAUCACACAGUUUAUUCUACUGUAAUGAGAUUUACUUGGAUAUUAUGCCCUGUAGCAGAGUAACCGAGCACUUGUAUCGUUAAUUGCUCCUAGUCCUAAACAGGGGAGCUUCCGAGAGCAAGAUUGAUGUAUGUUGCUCGUAGUCGUUCGGUAGCGCAGAUUAUUAUAAACUUAUUAGUGCACACUCAUUUAGCUGUUAAUUGUACGUGUCCUCGUCAUUUCUUGUUUUAGUCAUAUUGCAAUAGUCUCAACAUUGUCUGGUGCUGUAUUUUAUGAACAUAGUAUACUCUCUUUCUGAGCUUGUAAUUGGAUUGCUUUUUAUGUGCUACUGAUGCCAUUUAGUUGAGCAGUUUAUAUUGUGAACACUUUGAUCA